UGCAGCCACGUCAGCCCGCCCUCGGUCACAUGAGUGUUGCAGGGGGAAACCUGCGCUCUUCAGACCAGAAAGUACACAUGCUUGACUUGAUCUAACUUUUCGCAAGAGGAUAAUGGAUGAUGUUUGCCAAUAUCCCGUUUUCUUUGAGUGUCACAGUCUGCUCGGGGAGCAGAAAAGGGGGAUAGAAAAUUAUUUUCAGAUUCGCCGCAAAUCGGGUGGAGGCGACUGCGGACCGCUGAGGAGAGUGAAUAACACAGUCUACAACAUUACCUUCAGAUAUCAAAAAGAUCAGCAAAGAGUCCUGCAGAGACCUGAGCAUGUUGUGGAGUUUCCAGGUGGUCGUCUGGUGUUCACUGUCCGAGACAGUCUGGAACCUCACGCCUCCUCUCCCACCACCACCUCUGCCCCGAACCAGGAUUUAACAGCUCCAGCACAGAGCCUACAGCCCAUUCCGGCCUCAACUCCUCCACCAUGUGGUGAAGAAUAUGAACUACGACCUGAUGCAUAUCUCCUUUGUUACCUGAAGGAAUGUCCCCAGGCCCAGAAGGAACUAGAGAAAGAACUUGCCUCUCUGGCCUGCUCUGCUCAGCUUUACCCAGAGGAGGGAAGGGUUUUAGUCAAGAGUUUAGCUCAACCUGGUGCUGCAGGUGAAGGUAGAAACUGGAAAGCUGAGGUAGACAAACUCUUUAAUGGCUACCUGUGCCACUAUGAGGUGAACCCUCACAAAGUCAAAGCUUUGCUUCAGUCCUGCAGCUCUGGUCAGACCACAGAUGAGGUGAAGGUGUACAGUGAGGGGGGGCUGGCUGUUGUGGUUGGGAAAUGUUCACAGGUGAAUGGAAGAUUAAUGGAUGUAGAGGACAUGACUGUUAAACAUCGAAGGUCCCGUUUAACUCAGAAGCAAACCAGAAUUUGUCGAUUAGGUGAGGCCAAACUCUGUCUCCUCUGGAAAGAGAUUGAACAUGGUUUGGGAGAAAAUUUUCCAGGAGUUAAAGUCACACAGGGAGAGGCAGGUCAGGUAGUUCUGGAAGGAUCUGUUGAGGACAUUCUUGAAGCUGGAGAGUGGAUUUCUAAUAAGGAGCAUUUGGUGUUAGAAAGGACAGUUUCUAACAUGAGCCCACAUCUCUCAGUCUUCCUAAAGAAGACUUAUGGUCCAGGGGUGCUAGGUGACUUUUUAGGGGUUGGUGACAGGGUGCAAGUAGAUUUACGAGACACAGAACUUUGUUUAUUCUCCCUCUCUGUUGAUAACCUCGAUAAUGCAGAAAAAGCACUGUGGGGUGAGUUUAAGGAAGUUAAGAUUGAGGCUCCCAACUGUUCUUCUUUGUCAUCUGAACUGAAGUCUAAGACAAAUGAGAUGAACCAAGGGCAAUGUAGAGUACAGGUCCUGUUUGGCUCAGACAGCACGGUUCGCUUACUGGGCCACACCAAAGAGGUUGAGGACCUUAUUGAAACUGUCACUCAGUUUAUUUUGCAAAGAGCAGUCCAUCUCCCCGUCCCAGAGUUUGCACAAGAGUUACCAGAAUUUCUGCUGUUGCAUGGUUUUGACUACUCAGGGGUUACCUUCCAUCCUUUAACCUCCUUUGGGCCUAUGGUGUUGCUGGAUGGGCCAUUCAGCAAGGUGACUGAGGUCAGGAACAGGCUGGGACCAUUUCUAGACUCCCUUCUUCAGGAUACAGUGCCCACUGAACCAGUUGGCAUCUUUGAGUUUGACUGAAGGGAACACAGUAGUUGCCAGCUACAGUCUUAAUGAUGGGCUGCAGGUGUUGGUGUGUCAGGGUGACAUCACCAAACAGGAAGCGGAUGCCCUAGGUUAACGCUGCCAAUGAAGAUCUGGACCACUGUGGUGGUGUUGCUGCUGCACUGAGUAAAGCAGGCGGUCCUGAAGUACAGAGAGAGAGCAAUGAGUUAGGUAAAGUACACUGGGA